UUUUAGAAAAUCUAGUGGACCAAAGGGCGCCGUGCCCUCGAGAGCGCACCGGAGGCGGGGAGCAAGGACAUCUAGGUCCCUUUUACUACUGGUCAAGACAGCUUCAUGGGGAUCUGAGGAGAUGGAGCGGGCGAAUACUUUAUGUCAAGAGGGAGAAUCCAAAGGAGGUGUCUUAGCUCACUUGGAAAGACUAGAGAAUGAAGUGAACAGAUCCCAUAAAGGUAAACAAUCUGAAGAGCUGCAGAGUGCACAGACGGUGGAAAGUGCUCUUGAAACCAAGAUCCGUAAACUGAGGCUUCUACGAGAUGAGCUGAGGGCUGAACUGAAGCAAUCCCAAGCCAGAGUUAAAGCAUCUAUUGCCAAUGUAGAACCUGACCAAAAAGUAGAGAUCAGUGAGGAAGAAGAUUUGGAAAGAAAACAGGAAAAUAUGAAAGCCAUUUUGCAGGCAUAUCGUUUUACAGGGCUCAGUGGUAAACUGACCAGCCGAGGAGUCUGCAUCUGCAUCAGUACUGCUUUUGAGGGGAACCUAUUGGAUUCCUAUUUUGUGGACCUUGUCAUACAGAAGCCUCUCCAGAUACAUCACCAUUCGGUCCCAGUCUUCAUUCCUCUAGAAGAAAUAGCUGCAAAGUACUUACAGACUGACAUUCAGCGCUUCCUGUUCAGUCUCUGGGAGUAUUUAAAUGCUUACUCUGGGCGGAAGUACCAAGCAGAUCGACUUCAGAGUGACUUUGCAGCCUUUCUGAAUGGGCCCCUGCAGAGAAACUCACUGUGCAACUUGCUGUCAUUUACUUACAAAGUGGAUCCAAGGGAUCAGUCUUUCCAAUUUUAUGCAAGAUUGCUGUAUAAGGACCUCACAAUGACUCUUCCCACUGAUGUCACUGUUACAUAUCAA